AUGGCAAAUGCGCAGGAGGCUGAGCUGAAGUGGGAGAAUGACAAGGAGCACACUCCCCGCACAGAAUCCUUUGCAGGCUUUGAGAAGAUCGAUGCAGAAGACCUUUCAAACCCGCCCCAGUCUUCUGAGUCUGAGAACCCCAAAGCCAAGCCAGGCCAUACCGGGAGGCAGGACUCUCCCCGGGCAGAGUCCCAUUCGAUCUGUGAGCCUCUCACUGAGGACCUUCCGAGCCCACCCCAGUCUUUUGAGAUCCCCAACACCAGGCCACGUCAUACGGGGAGGCCUUGGCUCCAGAUUUUGUUUGCUUUGAUGCUUCUAUUCUGUGGAUAUGCAGGAUACUGGAAGGUGGAGAACGAGAAACAGGCUUUUUUUUUGUGGGAUCUCUCCGAAAGGAUGCGCAGCACAAGUGUUCAUUUGGUUGGGUCCGGCGUUUCCUAG